CAAUAACCAUGUCAACACUUGGUCGUAGUAAGACCCCAUCUCGUGACGAACCAAAAAAGCCUGGAGUCUUUGAGAAACUCUCUGGUACCCUUUCUCGAAAGAAGAAGGCGCCGGAAGAUGAGCAUGGAAACCAAGGGGGUGCACAUCAUGCUACUGAUGAAGAUGAAGUUUUGGAGCUUGAACUUGAAGGUCGUGAGGCUCUCGAUCAGUCAUUGGUCCCAGUUCUUGCAAGAAACAUCUGGUUGGAAGAAGGAGAAAUUCGUCGUUAUCUGACUAAGGAAACAGCCCGCGAUCAGAAGUUGGCACAAGUUGUCGAUUUGCUGAUCUACUGGCUUAAUGAAGAGCUAGCUGAUCAAAGAAUUGUCGUUCGUCACUUGCAAGAAGAUCUUUUCGAUGGUCAAAUCAUCCAGAAGCUGUUGGAAAAGUUGGAGCAGAUUCGAAUCGAGGUUCCAGAAGUUUCGCAGUCAGAAGAAGGACAACGUCAAAAACUGCAAAUUGUAGUUCAAACAGCCAAUCGAAUUCUCGGACAGCCAAGAGAACAAGAGAAAUGGUCUGCGGAUCUUAUUCAUCAAAAGGACUUCACUGCCAUCAUCCAGCUCCUGGUGCUUCUUGCUCUUCACUACCGUGCUCCAGUUCGAUUCCCAGAUAACGUGGUUGCUAACGUUGUGGUGGCUCAAAAGGAACAUGGUCAAGUGAAGACCCAUCGAAUUACUGAGCAAAUCACUACAGUUCAAACUGAGUUGGCACCGAAGGGCACUCGUGACGCAUUUGAUACGCUUUUCGAUUAUGGACCCGAUAAGUUGGCUCAUGUGAAGACAUCUUUGUUGGCUUUUUGUAAUAAGCAUUUGAAUAAAAUUAAUCUGGAAGUGUCUGAUUUGGAUAAUCAAUUCCAGGACGGAGUUUUCUUAGUUCUCCUAGUGGGACUUCUUGAAGGUUAUUUCGUCCCGCUUUACCAUUUUAAUCUCCAAGUUCAAAGCCACGAGGAGAAAGUAAAAAAUGUGCAAUUUGCGUUCAAACUUAUGGAAGACACUGGCCUUGAGAAGCCUAGAUCUCGUGUUCAGGAUAUUGCCAAUGGAGAUGUUAAGAGCACUCUCCGUCUUCUCCAUUUGCUUUUCACUAAGUACAAACAUAUCUAAUCUGAGAACUUCAUUCGUCAUCCUAAUCAAACGACACCGUCCAAUAAUUUGUGUCUGGCUCAACAACUAUGGUGCUUUAAUUUUGUUAAAAUUGCAUUUAUGUCAAUAAAUCUUUUAAUUUUU